AUGCUCACUGAACGUCAAGUCGGGAGGUUGCCUGCCCUCAGCCUAGCCCGGCAGCUCGGAAUCCCCGGGGCUCCUGUCUUCUUGCUUCAAGCACCAGCUGCCUCUGUUCCCUUCAGUCCAGACUCGCCUCCCCCCACCUAUCCAGGGACACGGGCACAGAUAAUUGCCUUUGAUGAGUUAAGAACGGAUUUUAAGAGCCCCAUAGACCAGUGCAACCCUGUCCAUGCGAGGGAACGGCUGAGGAACAUCGAGCGCAUCUGCUUCCUUCUGCGGAAGCUGGUGCUGCCAGAAUACUCCAUCCACAGCCUCUUCUGCAUCAUGUUCCUGUGUGCUCAGGAGUGGCUCACCCUGGGGCUGAACGUCCCUCUACUUUGCUAUCACUUCUGGAGGUAUUUCCACUGUCCAGCAGAUAGUUCUGAACUAGCCUAUGACCCGCCGGUGGUCAUGAACGCGGACACCUUGAGUUACUGUCAGAAGGAGGCCUGGUGUAAGCUGGCCUUCUAUCUCCUCUCCUUCUUCUACUACCUUUACUGCAUGAUCUACACUUUGGUGAGCUCUUAACUCAGAGACCACGCACAUCAUCAGAGACUGGGAUGGGAGAGGCCUGAGACUGAGAAGUCCACUUCUGCUGGUGAUGGGAGAAGGGA